AUGAGCAUUUGCUGCCGAUACGUUUUAGAAUCAGGGAGAAGAGAACGAUUUCUUGGUUUUGUACAAUUGAUUAAGCUGGACGCAUUAGCUCUGGCAAACAAAAUACAACAUUUUUUAAACCACAUCGGGCUUAAUAUUCAGCUCUGUGUCAGCCAGUCAUACGACGGAGCAUCCGUUAUGUCUGGAAAAUUUUCCGGUGUACAGGCAUUAGUGAGGGAAAUCACGGGAAACCCCUGCCCAUAUGUGCACUGUCAUGCUCACAGGCUCAACCUAGUUCUUGUCGAUGUAAGUAAACGUGUACAGUCCGUUGGUGAUACUAUCGGCCUGUUAGAAGCAAUAUAUGCUUUCCAGUCUGCUUCAACUUUACGCAAUGAAUUGUUCUCAUUUGAAGUAAAAACUAAAAGUGGGACCAAGAAGUUGAAAGUUCCCCAGCAUAGCGACACAAGAUGGGUCUCAAAGUACAAAGGAGUUAACUUUUUCAAAACCCAGUUUAGCUCAAUUGUAGUGGCACUGCAACAAUGUGCUCAAAAUAAAGCUAAGCCAAGAGAAGCUGCAGAAGCUAAAGGCCUCCUCACCCAAUUUCGUUCUUUUGAUGUAAUUUAUUUUCUUGUUUGCUUAGACGAAAUUUUAUGUUACCUAAACAUACUUUCCAAGCAACUACAGUCAUCAAACAUUGACAUUGGGAAAAGCUUAAGACUUAUUAAAGCAACAAUAGAAAGUCUAUGUAAGAUGCGAACAGAUGACAAGUUUGAAGAGUUAUACAAAAAAGCUCAAGACAUUUUUCAAGUUCAAGGAAGUGUGAGUGACUUUAGUGUGGAAAACAGACCUAUAAGAAAGCAGACGCCAUCCAGCAGUCUAUCUGACUUUUUAGUUUUUGAAACUACCGGAAAAGGGAAAUCAACGUGCAAUGAUGAAAGUGUUUCUAAAAAAACUCAAUUUAAAGCAGAACUCUUUAGCAUAGUUGAUAAUAUUUCAGAAGAAAUGGAAAAGAGAUUCUCAGAAAAUUCAAGUCUUCUAGCUUGCAUAUCAUCAUGUAAUCCAAACUCACAAAAUUUUCUGGAUCCAAAAGAAUUGUGUUCCUUUGCUAAAUUUUGGGGAAAAGAUGAAGAGUUUUGCAUUCCACUAAAAGCACAGUGUGACUUAGGCAAAUCUAUGUUUUCCAAAUGUAAAAGUACAGAAGAUCUGUAUAAAGAGCUUUUUUCCUUCGGUUCAUUCAAUGAGUUGAGAUAUAUAGGGUCCGUUGUUCUAGUGAUGCCUGUAAGUUCGGCGACAGCUGAAAGAAGUUUCUCAUCGAUGAGACGAAUUAAAAACUGCUUAAGAUCUACAAUGAUGGGGCAAAGGCUUCACAGUUUGGGAGUGAUUUCAAUAGAACGAGAACUUAGCUACAAUCUCCUAUGUCACCCUGAAAUUGUUGUAGACGAAUUCGCCGCUCAAAAAGGGAGAAGACUAAAGUUCCUUUUAAAAUGA